AUGUCCGCAGCAGAUGCAGCCGGCCUGAAAGCUGGCAAGGACUACCCAGGCGUGGGUGUCGGCGCCUUCGUGUUUGACGACCGUGGCAGAGUUCUGCUUGUGAAACGAAGUUCGACCUCUCGGGUGGCCCCUGGCACUUGGGCAAGGCCGGGUGGCGCCGUCGAGCAUGGGGAGUCCUGUGAAGCGGCCCUCAUUCGCGAGCUUCGGGAAGAAACGGGCCUGGACAUUGUCGAACCGCAGCUUCUUGAUGUCAGCUCCCAGAUCUCUUCGUCGAGCCACUGGGUCUCCAUAGGCUACAUUGCGCAGCUGGCGCCCGGCUGCGCUGCCGAAUCGGCCGUAAAUCGCGAACCUGCGAAGCACGAUGAGUUGGGGUUCUUCGACCUGGAGGAUCUGCCCACCCCUCUGGCCGACUUCACCGCUCCUGCGCUGGAGUCCCUGCGGGAAAAGCGCCGGCGUCCAGCGGAUGCACCGUGA